GGUCCGUGGGACACGUGACUGCCGUGAGCGGCGCGGUAAGACGUAAUGUCGGACGACCAUAACCUGCCUGCCUGACCGUCUUCCCACCUGACGACCGACGACAGCGGGUCACCUCUCCGACGUGCUCUGGCCCUGGCCGGCCUGCUCUCGCGCGUCUCUCGCUUGUCGCUGCUCGUCGACAUUCGUCAACGUCCGCUGAGGAUCAGACGACCGUCUGCCGAAAGAUGUUGCGUGUCAGAGAACUGGGAGUACGAUUAGCUAGCACAUCAGCAGCUACGAGCGCGUCUGGAAAAGUACUGGACUCGAUAAUAAGAGUCGAUCAUGCCGGCGAAUUGGGGGCUGACAGAAUAUACGCCGGGCAGAUGGCUGUACUAGGUAGGACGACGGUCGGACCGACCAUACAGCACAUGUGGGAUCAAGAGAAGCGACACCGUGCCAAAUUUGAGGAAUUGAUUCGCAAGUACCGAGUCCGACCCACCGUUCUCACUCCGUUGUGGAAUAUCGCCGGGUUCGCCCUGGGCGCCGGUACCGCUCUCAUGGGCAAGAAAGCGGCGAUGGCGUGCACCGUGGCGGUGGAAACUGUAAUCGUCGAGCACUACAACGAUCAGUUGCGUAUGUUGAUGACUAGCGAAAAUGUGGACAAAGAGAUACUUGAGACCAUCAAGAAGUUCCGCGACGAGGAGCAGGAGCAUCAUGAUACGGGUAUAGAUCAUGGCGCUGAACAAGCACCGUUCUAUCAAGCUCUGACAAACGUCAUCAAAUUCGGCUGUAAAACGGCUAUCUCCAUCUCCAAAGUGAUAUGAAUGUGUUUUCGAGUAUUCGAGACAAUGUUAAAGACAUUAAAGGUACGAUAAUUGUCACUUGUA